CUUAUCCUCAACCACCACCACCACCCUUACAUAAAUAUUGGAUGAUGGCGUUUGGCGCAUUUGCAUUCCAUAGUCUACAACGCCGUAUGCGGGUUACCAUGGCGUUCCGGCCAACCGUUCUGAUGCUGGCAGUAGUGCUGGCGGCUUCAGACAACAUUCGGGACCGCCCCAUUGCCGCCGACAGAGUGCUGGAAGAUCAGCGAUGCUCGGCGGAGCAGAAGCACUGCCAGAAGUGUGGGAAGGCGGCCAACGGACAAGAGGUUUGUGAGCUGUGUGAAGCAGCCUUCUUUCUACGGGGGACGAACUGCGCACGUGAGCCAAACUUCACAGAGGAAGGGGGCUAUCUGUCCUUGGCGUAUCUGGCGUAUCUGGUGUCGUUAUUUAGAUAUCUACCAGUGUGGAGUGUUGAGUGACGUGGUCAUCGGUGAAGGCCAAGCAAAUGACGUCGCGCAAGCAGGGUGUGCGCCUUAAGUAGGUCUCCACCUCCCUCCAUCCCAUGUUUCUUCUCCUCAGGCUUGUUUCUUCCUUCGCUGAGUGUCAUCACCAAUGUGCCACGACACCCAAAUGCCAAGCAUUGUCGUUUUACAUCGACGGCCGUUGCGUCCUCAAAGAUGGUUCUGCUCUUAAGAAAAUGAGCUUUGAGCUGGGAGUCAAGAGUGCCAGGCUCGACUGCGAGAAGGUGGACGACGUGGUACGAAGAGGCUGCCAACUAUCCCGUUGUGGAAUGUGCGGCGAGAGGGAGGGGGAUUGUUUGCAGUGCCGUAGUGGUUUUAUAAGGAAUGCCGAGGGAAAAUGCGAAUUCGAACACGACGAAGGUGGAGAACCAUUGAAAGAUUGCAGAGAACCUCGUGAACACUGUUGCUGUCGUUCUCUUGUGCAGAUGUCGAGUGGCCAAACAUCAGCUCUCCGACGUAUAGCAAGUUAGAGACUAUCAGAGACGAAGUGGCACGGGUUGUCGGCCAGAUGACCAUCGAACAAAAGAUCGGGCAAAUGACAAUGGCUAUCCAGUAUGGGUUGAGCCCCAUCGACAUGAAGGCCAACUACAUCGGGUCGUACCACGAGGGUGGCGACGCCGAUAUCGGUGACAACUCAGCACAAGAGUGGGUCAGGCUUUCAGAUCGUUACUGGAACGCAACCACGGAUGUCGACGACGCGGUCAUCCACCCCCUUCACGGGCUCGAUGCCGUCCACGGGCACGGCAACGUCCCCACGGCGACAUUGUUCCCGCACAACAUUGGUUUAGGGUGUGCCAAUGAGUCCGCCCUCAUGAGGGAGAUUGGCAAGAUAACCGCGAAGGAGAUGGUGGCCACGGGAGUUGACUGGGCGUUCGCGCCAAGCCAUGCGGUGGCGCAGAACUGGCGGUGGGGGAGAACGUACGAGUCGUUCAGCCAGGUGAGAAACCAAGUCACGAGUGCGUGCGGAUGGACGGUUGUGCUGCUGUCUGUGUCUGCAGAUACCAGAGACCGUCGAGAGGCUUGCAAGGGAGUUGGUCACCGGUAUAGUGAUCGGCUCCCACACAUCAUCUCUUUCAUAUCUGACCUGUUGCACGCCCGUGCCUUCAGGCCUUCAGGGCGAUCCGGCUUCGUUAUUUCUCGGUGAGGAAAAUGUCUUGGCGUGCGCCAAGCACUUUGGGGGGGACGGGGGCACCCAGGGAGGGCUCGACAAGGGAGACUUUCGUGGGAGGCUGCAAGAGCUGAAAGACACUCAUGUGUCGCCCUACUUCGGCUCCAUCCAGGAAGGCGUACUGACAAUCAUGGCAUCGUUCAAUUCGUGGAACGGCGUGAAGGCGCACGGGAAUGAAUUUCUUCUGAGGGACGUGUUAAAGAGGAAGCUGGGCUUUUCUGGGCUGGUAGUCGGUGAUUGGUGGGGGCAUGAAGAGGUGGAGGGGUGCUCGAGGUUUCUGUGCGAGCAGGCAGUCGAAGCAGGUCAGAAUAGAAAUGUGCUGGAACAAAGCAGAGACAAAUGUGUGUGUGUGUGUGUGUGUGUGUGUGUUCCUUUGUUUUUUGUGCUUGUACAGGUGUUGACGUUAUGAUGGUUGUGGGGGAUUGGAAGAAGUAUAUCCCCAACACGAUCAGCUCAGCCAAAAAGGGCGGCAUCACGGCAGAGAAGAUCGACGAUUCCGUCACACGAAUUCUCACCGUCAAAGCACUCUACGGUGCCAUGACCACUCCCGCUCUGCGAGCAGCAGGCAUAAAGGAGCGAGCCUCCCCGUCGCAGCGGCCUGGCGCAGGACAGUUGUCGGUCUUGGAGACUGCCGAGCAUCGCGAGACGGCACGAGAAGCUGUGCGGAAAUCUCUGGUCAUGCUCAAGAAUGGUGUCAAAGGAGCGACAGGCAAACCUAUACCCCUGUCCACAACGGGCAAGUAUCUUGUCGCUGGGAGGUGUGCAGACAAUAUCGGCCUGCAGAAUGGGGGAUGGACGAAAGACUGGUAAGUGCGUGGCCCUUAACAUCACCACACACAGCUCUCUAUGGGCCAUUUGGCCGGCUAAUCAGUCCUACACUCAUCGCUCUCAUAGGCAAGGCAGUGCCAACUACCCCAACCACCUUUUCGGGAGGAUCAGUGAAUCCAUCUACGAAGGAUUCAAGAAAGCUACGGAGGGCGGCGGGUCGGCAACCCUCUACCAGAUACGCGAUGGAGAAAUUCCAGACCUCAGCAGCUACGAUGCCCUCAUCUUCUGUACUGGAGAAGAUCCAUACUCAGGUCAAAACGGAUCGGACACUCACAUAUGUGCAUCAUGUCCUGGCUGAAUGGUUUCUUUCGCAACCAGAGUAUCUCGGUGAUAGGCACUGGCCAGCAUCGAUGGAAUUUGGAAUGUCAGCUGUCGGCGUUCCCGAGAGACAAUUCCUCAAUGAGGUCCGGAUUAAGUACCCAUCUUUGACCAUCGUGACCAUCUUGUGCUCGGGCCGCCCGCUCUACAUGAACGAAGAGAUGAACCUGAGCGAUGCCUUCAUCGCGGCGUGGCUACCUGGGACACAAGGUGGCGGGGUGGCAGACGUGCUCUUCGGGAAGAACGACUUCGUGGGCAAGUUGUCAUUUCAGUGGCCAUUGGAUCCGUGUCUGACUACGCAGUACAAUGGCACCCAUGGGGAUGAUCCGCCCUUCAGUAAUCUGAUGCUGCCGAUUGGAUACGGGCUAGCGUAUGACGACGAGUCGCCGAUUCCAACCCUUAAAGUUGACCACUUGCGAGUGAGAAAGACAGACUUCUCUUUACGAUCUCUCGAUUUGCUCGUGGCUUGUUUGCAGACUUGCACAAAUCACGUGAGGACCAAGACGAAAAUAUAGGUCUGCAGGGCCAUAUUGCUGUUUUGGUGUCGCGUCAUGCAUGUCGUCCUUGUACAAAUUGGCGGGCAAAUUGCGUGUUGUUCAUGUCCCGAUUAUAGGCAGGAAAUGCAGAGACAGAUUAUCAGCUUUGUAAGUUGUCACGUGCACACUGUUACACUGCGCCCUCAACAGCGCCUGGAAAAUUGCACUCAAUCGAUCGCUGCUCU